ACCUCUUUUAACCUCUUUUUAAAGGUGAACCGAGUAUUAGCACUUUAGAACAACACACACUGGGACUAACAGUGCAACCUUUGGAGUGGCUGGAUUUGUUGAAGUGCCUUGCUCAAGGACAGUUGCUGAGGAAACAUAUCUACGUAGGAUACAUAAUCUUUGUUCAUCAGAUGUGACUAACAAAUUGCGAGUUAGGCAAAAGCUGUCACCUGUACACCACGCGAACAGUCACUAUCUCGUCAUUGUUAAUUUUUAUUUCACUCACUUCUCUGUGAUACAUUCAAAGGCUAUUCGGAGCCGUUAGAAGAUGAUAUAAUAUUCCAUAUCGCACAUUUGACAGUCGAGCAAAUUCAACUGGACUGACUCCGCCUUGCUCAUGCGGGACUUGCCCACGGGCUUUUCAUAGUACCACGGUGUGUUUGUCUGCAGGCUUGGUGCUCUCUGACGGUGUGAGCUCUCUCCACACUACACCAGUCACUCUCCCACAUCACCAGUGAGGAACUGCACUCUGACGCACAGGACCAGCAGCAUCUAAGACUCUUCCCGGGAGUGUGUGGCCACCGAGCAACAUGUUACCAGCGUGGAGACGGGGAUGGCGCACCGGGGGCUCGACGGUGGCACAGCGGACCAUGGUUAAAACAGUGCGGACUGGAGAGGUCGGACAGAGGUGGGUCUCCUGUUGGAUUCUGCUGUCGGCGACUUGUAUCGUCAGCGCUCAGGCUCAAGUAGAUGAUGUCCAACCUUAUUUUAAGAUGGAGCCUCCUCAGACCCAGGUUCACCUGGAGGGGAACCGUCUCGUUCUAACCUGCAUGGCUGAAGGCAGCUGGCCCCUGGAAUUCAAAUGGAUCUACAAUGGGACAGAACUCACACAUUUCUCCUUGGAAUAUCGGUACCUGAUCCCUUCACUGGACCGAUCACAUGCUGGCCACUACCGCUGCAUUGUUAGAAACCGAGUGGGUGCUAUAAUGCAGUGCAGUACUGAAGUGCAUGUUGCUUAUAUGGGUGGAUUUGUGGAAAGUGAGAGGACUCAAACUGUAUCCCAGGGUGAAGGUGCUCUCAUCCAUGCACCACGGAUACACAGCUUCCCCAGGCCACAGAUCACCUGGUUCAGAGAUGGGCGUAAGAUUCCCUCCAGUAGCCGUAUUGCCAUCACCCUGGACAACACGCUGGUUAUCUUAUCCACGGUGGCCCCUGAUGCAGGGCGGUACUACGCCCAGGCAGUUAAUGACAAGAAUGGGGAGAACAAAACCAGUCAGCCCAUCACACUCACAGUGGAGAAUGUAGGAGGACCUGCAGACCCCAUUGCCCCUUCUAUCAUUAUCCCCCCAAAGAACACCAGUGUAACAGUGGGACGAAUCGAAGCCAUUAUGGAAUGCAUUGCCAAUGCGAGACCUCUUGUCAAAAUGAGUAUUACUUGGAGGAAAGACGGGGUAGUGGUCAAUACAGGGAUCCGAGAUUUUGGCCGUAGAUUGGUCAUCAGUUUGCCUGCAGUCAGUGAUAGUGGCUACUAUGAAUGUGAGGCAUCACUCCGCAGUAGCAGCAUCCCCUCAGUCACUGCUGGGGCCUUCCUGCAUGUUCUUGAGUACCCUCUGUUUGUAAAAGAGCCACCAAGUCACAUCAGUGCAGAGAUGGAGAAGGUUGUGGAUAUUCCCUGUCAAGCACAAGGCACACCACAGCCAGACAUAGUGUGGUAUAAAGAUGCAGUGCCCAUCAGCCCGGUGAAAAUACCCAGGUACAGGGUGCUGGUAGGAGGCAGUCUACAGAUCAACGGUCUCCUGCCAGAUGACACUGGGAUGUUUCAGUGCUUUGCACGCAAUCUUGCAGGAGAGAUCCAAACAAACACCUACCUAGCUGUUACUAGUAUCGCUCCCAACAUCACAGCUGGCCCCUCUGACAGCGCUGUGAUUGACGGUAUGUCAGUCAUUCUACAUUGUGAGACCUCCGGAGCCCCACGGCCAGCCAUCACCUGGCAGAAAGGUGAACGUGUCCUGGCCAGUGGCUCGGUCCAGCUGCUCAGGUUCACUCUGCUGGAGUCAGGCAGUCUGCUAAUCAGCCCCUCCCACCUGUCUGAUGCUGGUACCUACACCUGCAUGGCCAGUAACUCCAGGGGCAUUGAUGAGGCUUCAGCUGACCUAGUGGUCUGGGCAAGAACCCGCAUCACUAAACCACCACAAGACCAGAGUGUCAUCAAAGGAACCAAGGCUGUUAUGACCUGUGGUGUGACCCAUGAUCCCAGCGUCACUGUCAGGUAUGUGUGGGAGAAGAGUGGCUCAGUGAUUGACGUGAACACGUCACCCCGCCUUCGACUGGAUCCUGACGGGACCCUGCACAUCUCCCAGACGUGGUCGGGUGAUAUCGGAACAUACACCUGCAGGGUGACCUCAGUGGGUGGCAAUGACUCUCGCAGCGCUCACCUCAGAGUCAGGCAACUGCCCCAUGCUCCAGAAAACCCCAUAGCAGUUCUGAGUAGCACAGAGAAGAGGGCCAUCAACCUGACAUGGGCCCAGGCCUUUGAUGGUAACAGCCCCCUCAUUCGCUACAUCCUUGAAGUCUCCGAAAACAAUGCCCCUUGGACAGUAUUACUGGCCAACAUUGAGCCAGAGUCUACUGGGGUUAUUGUUGGUGGCCUUAUCCCAGCGCGCUCAUACCAGUUUCGCCUGUGUGCUGUCAACGACGUGGGUAGGGGCCAGUUCAGCAAGGAGACUGACCGACUAACUCUCCCUGAAGAGCCUCCCAGCGCCCCCCCACAGACAGUCAUCGCAAGUGGCCGCACCAAUCAGUCCAUUAUGAUCCAGUGGCAGGCACCCCCGGAGAGUCACCAGAAUGGUCCACUCCAGGGCUACAUCAUCAGGUACUGUCUGUCUGGGCUUCCAGUGGAUUGUCAGAUAAAAAACAUCACUACCCCAGAUCAGACCAGUCUGCUCCUAGAGGACCUCAUCAUUUGGACCAACUAUGAGAUAGAGGUGGCAGCCUACAAUGGAGCUGGCCGAGGCAUCUACAGUCACAAAGUCACUGAAUGGACACUGCAAGGAGUGCCCACUGUGCCACCAGGAAAUGUAAAAGCUGAGGCUGUCAACUCCACGACUGUGCGUUUUACUUGGAGUGCCCCAAGCCCUCAGUUUAUCAAUGGAAUCAACCAGGGAUAUAAGUUGUUGGCAUGGGACCCCAAUCGUGCAAAUGAGGUCACCGUGGUUACAGUGCGUCCCAACUUCCAGGACAGUGUUCAUGUUGGUUACAUCUCUGGUCUUAAAAAGUUCACAGAAUACUACGCAUCAGUACUGUGCUUCACUACCCCAGGAGACGGGCCUCGCAGUCCGCCUCAGUGGUUACGCACCCAUGAGGAUACUCCUGGUGCUGUGGGGCACCUUAGUUUUACUGACAUCUUGGACACCUCACUAAAAGUCAGCUGGAAGGAGCCACAGGAGAAAAAUGGCGUUCUCACAGGCUAUCGUAUCUCCUGGGAGGAGUUCAACAGAACCAAUACUCGGGUGACCCAUUAUUUGCCCAAUCUGACUCAGGAGUACAAGGUGACAGGGCUCACUGCCCUCACCACUUACACAAUCCAGGUCGCAGCCAUGACCUCCAAGGGCCAGGGUCAUCUCUCUGCUUCCACUAUCUCCUCUGGUGUACCACCAGAGUUGCCCGGUCCUCCCACCAAUUUAGCCGUCUCUAACGUCGGCGCUCGCUCUGUCACUUUACAGUUCAAACCUGGUUAUGAUGGCAAGACAUCAAUUUCUUGUUGGCAAGUUGAAGCCCAGAUUGGUAUAAUAGGAGAGAACAAAGAGUGGUUGAUGGUUCAUCAGCUGACUAAUGAACCUGAUGCUAGAUCACUGGAGGUCCUGAAUCUAAACCCUUAUACUUUCUACAGGUUCCGAAUGCGUCAGGUAAACAUUGUGGGCACCAGUCCUCCCAGUCAGCCCUCCAGGAAAAUCCAAACCCUGCAAGCCCCUCCAGACAUCUCCCCUGCAAAUGUAACCCUGCGUACAGCCAGUGAGACCAGCCUGUGGCUUCGCUGGGUGCCUCUUCCUGAGUGGGAGUACAAUGGAAAUCCAGAUUUUGUUGGUUACCGGAUCCAAUACUCGAAGGCUGGGUCUAAAGGGGGGGUGCUUUCCCAUGUCAUCAUGGACCGGCUGGAGAGAGAGUUCACUAUCGAGGACCUGGAGGAGUGGAUGGAGUAUGAGGUCAGAAUUCAGGCCAUCAAUGGCAUUGGCUCUGGACCCUGGAGCCAGCCUGUCCACGGCAGGACCAGAGAGUCUGUGCCAUCCAGUGGUCCCACCAAUGUGUCAGCCUUUGCCACCACCUCCAGCAGCAUUCUAGUGCGGUGGGGAGAAGUACCAGAGGCUGACCGCAAUGGACUCAUCUUGGGCUAUAAGGUUGUGUAUAAGGAGAAAGACUCAGACACAACUCCAUUCUUCUGGACAGUGGAGGGCAGCACCAGCCAUAGUGUCCAGCUGAGCGAGCUGAGAAAGUACGUCCUGUACGAGAUCCAGGUCCUAGCCUUCACAUGUAUAGGAGAUGGAAGGAGCAGCUCACCAUCCAUUCUAGAAAGGACCCUAGAUGAUGUACCAGGGCCUCCAGUUGGCAUCCUCUUCCCAGAAGUCAGAACCACCUCAGUUAGGCUCAUCUGGCAGCCUCCUUCUCAGCCCAAUGGCAUUAUCCUGGCCUAUCAGAUUACAUACAGAAAAAAUUCUUCAAAUAGCAAUGCUGCCACCGUAGAUGUGCUGAGUCCUAGUGCACGGCAAUACACAGCAACUGGACUGAAACCAGAAAUGGUUUAUGUAUUCCGCCUCACUGCUCAAACACGAAAAGGCUGGGGGGAGGCUGCUGAGGCUUUGGUGGUCACAACAGAAAAGAGAGCUCGGCCCCAACCCACAAGCCGUCCCAUAGUGCCUCAAGAGGAAGUCCAGGCUCGCAGAGUACUGUUGUCAUGGGAACCAGGCAGCGAUGGUCUGUCCCCAGUUCGUUACUACACAGUCCAGUACAGAGAGCUGCCAGAUAGUAACUGGACUGUCCACUCUGCAUCAGUCAGCCACGAGACACACUCCUAUAUAGUAGACAGGUUAAAGCCCUUCACUUCUUACCAGUUCCGCAUUAAAGCCACCAAUGACAUUGGAGACAGUGAAUACAGUCAGGAGAGCGAGGCCAUCACUACGCUACAGGAUGCCCCAGACAAAGCUCCAACAGUUCUGUCUGUUACACCUCACACCACCACUUCUGUACUGGUCCGCUGGCAGUCUCCCUCUGAGGAUCAUAUUAAUGGAGUUUUGCUGGGAUUCAGGGUGAGGUACCGGGAGCUACACUAUGACCAGCAACGCAGCUUCACUGUCCGCACAGUUAACGGUCCCUCUGCAAACUGGGCUGAUCUCACUGCUCUGUACAGUAUCAGGAACCUGAGUGAGUCUUCACUCACCCAAUAUGAACUAGAUAAUUUAAGUAAGCACAAACGCUACGAGAUCCGUCUGAGUGUGUAUAACGCUGUGGGGGAGGGUCCUAGCAGCCCACCACAGGAAGUGUUUGUUGGAGAGGCAGUCCCAACAGCCCCUCCACAAAAUGUGGUGGUCCAGUCCUCAACAGCCACACAGCUGGAUGUCACAUGGGACCCUCCUCCUCUUGAAACUCAGAAUGGGGACAUACAAGGUUACAAGAUCUAUUUCUGGGAGUUUCAGCUCCAGAAUGAGACAGAGCGCCUGCGUACUCUGUUCCUGCCAGAGCUCGGGGUGAAGCUUAAAAACCUGACAGGCUACACUACCUACAUGAUCAGUGUAUCAGCCUUUAACGCUGCAGGGGAUGGACCCCGCUCCCUGCCCACCAGAGGGCGCACUCAGCAAGCAGCACCCAGUGCUCCCAGCUUCAUUCACUUCAGUGAGUUGACCACCACUUCGGUCAACGUGUCCUGGGGAGAACCCAAGCAGGCCAACGGCAUCAUUGAGGGCUACCGCCUGGUUUAUGAGCCCUGCUCUCCAGUUGAUGACUCCUCUCCUCGCACUCCAGGUGUCAGUAAGAUAGUGACAGUAGAUGUGAAGGGCAGUGCUCCCCUGUGGAUGAAGGUCAAAGACCUGGCCGAUGGUGUCACCUAUAACUUCCGUAUACGGGCCAAAACGCUCACUUAUGGCCCCGAGGUGGAGGCUAACAUCACUACUGGGCCAGGAGAAGGAGCCCCAGGCCCUCCUGGAGAACCCUUUAUUUCACGUUAUGGCACUGCCAUCACGCUGCACUGGACAAGUGGUGAUCAAGGCCGUGCACCCAUUACACGAUAUGUCAUCGAGGCCAGACCCUCUGAUGAAGGAUUGUGGGAUAUCCUUAUCAAAGACAUCCCUAAAGAAGUGACAUCCUACACUCUUAACCUGGAUAUGCUAAGAGAAGGGGUCACCUAUGACUUUCGAGUAAUCGCAGUCAAUGACUACGGCUAUGGGUCCCCAAGCGCCCCCUCCCCUUCCAUAUCAGCCCAAAAGGUUUCUCCCUUCUAUGAGGAGUGGUGGUUCCUGGUAGUGAUUGCUCUGGUGGGCCUUAUCUUCAUCCUCCUUCUUGUUUUCAUCCUCAUCAUCCGAGGCCAGAGUAAAAAAUACACCAAAAAAGCCGAUUCAGUGUCGUCCUCAUACCCCUGUCCAGGCAACCACUCCAACUGUACAGCUUUGCCUUUGACACAUGGAGAGAUGGUGCGCCUGGAUGAGGGACGCUUCCCAGCCCUGGAGCUUAACAACAGACGCCUCUCUGUGAAAAACUCCUUUUGCCGCAAGAAUGGCAUCUACACACGGUCUCCACCAAGACCCAGCCCUGGAAGUCUGCACUACUCAGAUGAGGAUGUUAGCACUAAGUAUAAUGACCUGAUCCCAGCAGAGAGCAGCAGUCUGACUGAAAAACCCUCUGAGAUAUCUGACUCUCAGGGCAGCGACAGCGAAUAUGAGAUGGAUCAGAGCCGGCAGAAGACCCAUUCCUUCGUCAACCACUACAUUAGCGAUCCCACCUACUACAACUCCUGGCGGCGGCAGCAGAAGGGUGUUUCUCGUCCACCAGCAUACGGCUAUGCCCAGCCCGAGCCCCUGGUGGAACAGGAGGCACGGCAGCACCCCCCUCCUGUGCCACCUCUGCCCCCUCUCCUCCCACAGAGCGCCAUAUCCCCACAGCCCCAAUGCCAAGGCCAGGGUACUCUGUUCAGGCCUAAGAGAAGCCGGACUCCCACUCCCUCCCUGCUGUCCUCUGAACCCCCUAGCCAGCACAGUACCCUUUACCGGCCCCCCAGCAGCCUGGGUUGUGCCACUCAGGCACCAACCGCAGGCUUCUCCUCUUUUGUUUGACACACAGUUUUCCUUCCAGUAGCAACAGGACCCUGAAGAUGAGUCUGAUUUUGUUGUUGUUGGUUUAUUUGUAUUUUGUUUUGUUUUUUUGCCUUAUGUCUGUUUUAUGGCUGAAUAUCAAGCAUUGCAGGCAUCUUCAAUAGCGCUUUCUCCUCUGUGAUGAGUGUGAGUGUAUGAUUGUGUGUAGCACAUAUGGUUGGUAAAUCCAUGUGUAUUUUAUGAAAAGACAAUCAUUUGAAAAUGUAUAUACGUUGCUUAAGUAAAUUUGUUUGGAGGUUCAAAUAUGUAAACAAGGGAUAAACAGAGCCUGAGGUUCUGAAAAAAGAAACCCUUGUUUUUAAAAUACUGUAUUAUUAAUAUGAGAGCUUUAUGGAAAAAAACAACCACCUUAGGGCCCUAGCUUGCGGCAAACACAUGGCGUGCACGGCAGGUAGUAUGCCUGUUUCCUAAUUUCCUACGUGCACAGUUACCUUUUUCAAGACAUGCACAUCACAUUGCCUUUUUACCAAGCAGCAGUCUGUUGACUUGGCACCUGCAGGUGUGUCCAGGUGAAAAUGGGGUGUGUUCGGGUAAAUUUUGGGCAUGAUGGUAAUCAAAUUAUCAUUACUGUUUAAUGGGCACUUUGACUGUGUUGUGCUGCACCCCUGUCUAGGUGUGUGCACAAUGCUCAUGCACUUGUUAUACCCUGGGAUGUGCUGCACAGGACACGUAAAACGUAAAAACUAAAAAGAUGACAUUAAGUUCAUUGGGUGCUGUGCACACCAAUAUAUAUAUUUUAAUAAAUGCCAUUUUGAUUAGUAACCGUGUGCCUUCACCUCGCACACGAGCAGAUCUGUUUCCUCAGUAGAAAAUCUGACCUCCGACCUGGCAAGUCCGCCAGUAUGCUAACAAGCCACCAAAAGUUCAAACUCACACAUCUCUUAAAGGGCAUGUGAGGUUACACACUGACUGGAUAAAACACACCCUGCUUUAAUGAGGAUCAAGCACAGCCCUUUUGCUACUUGUAUGGGCGCUUGAACCCUUUUCCUUAUUGUCAAAUUGCUGAAAUUAACAUGGUCACAGCCGAACAUCACUUGCGCCAGUACAUCUUGAUCAGACGCAGUGGAUCCUCAAAAUAGGGCCCUUAGAGUCAUUUAGAGUACAGAUCACUUGGCCUGCUGAGACUCAACUCUGGCUUAUGAGAAGGGCACCAGUGGUCACUGUGGCCAUCGGUUGCCUUUGGCUUUUUCACUCCGCUGAAUCAUUGUUGGAACUACAUUAUGUGUUAACUAUGUACAUGUCUCAUUCUUUAUCAGAUAUUUAUAUCAAUCAGCUUCAAGCUCAACAUUUUCAGAACAUCACUAGUGACAAUGUUAUGAAUCACAUUAAAGCAUUGUGGCACUUUUAUAUUAGUCUGGGGAAUGUGUUAAUUGUGUGCUGGUAAUCAUGUUAAUAGAUAUACAAGCUAAAAUGUCUUUCUUAAUGUGCAUCUGUUUGCUUUUAUGUUAAUCACAGAAUAUGGCUGUGGACCAAAUGCACAAAUCAUUUUGAUUCAAAUGAUAUUAUCCACAUCAUAUCAAGCAUUAUGGUAUUAAUAGCUGUCAAAGAAGUACAAGAAUAAUCCAUUUUGAUCCUUUUGCUAAAACAUAAAGAACAUUAGUAAAAUGUGUCAUGAAUGAGCAAAGUAGAUCUUCUCCAAGUUUACCAAUAAACCAUCUUGUUGAGACUUAUGAAAGUAACUAAACCUAAAGCUUUUUCACUGCUGCAUUUCAAGAAUGCAAUGCAUUUUGAAGAAUAUGCUUCUGUGACAAUAUUACUGGAAAGAUCUGACUUGAAAUUGUUCACGUACAGACAGUAAACUUUCAAAAUAAUAAAACUUGCAUUAUGUAUUUUCUAAUCUCAAUUUGUUUGUGAGGAUGAAGAAAUUAGCUCACAGUAGUUGUGUCUGUUCAUUUAAAAAGCUUUAUUUUAAGGGUGGACAACAACAGGACACAAAUAUUGUACAUUUGUCAUGUGGUAUUAUGUGUUCAACAUGUUACAGUGUAACAUGGUAUUGAUAUGAUGACAGAAAAGCAUUUUAUGCUCACAGUACAUACUGUACAUGUACAUAUGUUAUGAUGACAUGUUUUCUACAGCACUUUUGAAUAUGCUGGUUCUUUUCAAGAGUUGGACACUCAGUGUAUAAACUUAGACAAUUGAUCUUCAAGGUUCAGAAAUUACAUUUGUCAAAUUUCCAGUGUGAAUUUCACUGUAUUCAUUAUGAAAGAAACAAAAUGGAC